AUGGCUGAUAUUGGUUCUGCAAUUGGCGGUGUCAUCAACACCCUCACUUCUGGCGCUGUUGGCGCCGCCACCGCCAUCACCGGCAACGCCGUCUCUAUUGGUGAACAAAUUACCUCCAGAGGUGGCCAGUUUGCCUCGGACGUGACUUCGGGCGCCGUGGGUGCCUUUGAUACCGUGACUUCAGGUGCUGUGGGCGCAUUCGACACUGUUACUUCGGGCGCAGUUUCUGAGGCCAACGCCAUCACUUCUCGUGCUGGCUCUGUUGCUUCAAAAGUCACCUCGGCCGGUGGCUCAGGCGUUUCGAGCGCCGUCAGCGACCUUUCGUCGCUUAACUCCCAGCUCGAUUCUUUGAGCAGUUCUGUUGGCUCUAUUACUAGUGCGUCGGGCAGUGGCUCUUCCAAGAGCUCUGGCUCGGCUUCGAAAUCUGGUUCGGCUAGCAAAUCUGGCAGCUCUAGCAAAUCCGGCAGCGCUACCUCGGGAAGUAGCUCUACAUCAGGCGGUGCUGCUGCUGGGCUUGACGUUUCGGGCUCGUGGAAGAAGAGCGCCGCUGUGGCUGCUCUUGUGGGUGUAUCCUUCAUGCUUUCCUUGUAG